AUGUCUUUAAAAAUUUUUGUUGGAACUUAUAACGUAAAUAAACGAGAAAUAGAUCAAGAUCUUUCAUCCUGGUUAUUUCCAACCAACUCGUCAAUAACCGAUAAACCGGACAUAAUAGUAGUAGGCUUUCAAGAAUUUAGUUCCUUCCCCAGCGCAUUUUUCAGCAAUAGCUCAUAUUUAAGCAAUGCAUCACUUUCUAGCAACAUAACGCAAUUAGGUAACGCAUCUCUCUCUGGUGGUUUAAUUAAACACAACGUGGAUGAAGAACGACUUGAACAUUAUUCUAGCUUGAUAGAAAGAGUGAUUUUUGCAAAUACAAGAGAAAGUUAUACAACAUUGGUGAAAAGUACUUUUGUCGGCUUAGCAUUGUUCAUUUAUGUUAGAGACAAAAGCGUUACCAAAUGGAUUUUGAAUGUCGAAAUAGCUAAAUGCGGUGUUGGCCCAUUUUGGAUCGGAAACAAAGGAGGAGUGGGGGUUAGAAUUGUUAUCAACGCGAACGCGAUUGGUGUACAGGAGACCGAAGGUGAAGAUGGCACAGAUAAUACAAGUGAAUUAGUGCUGUGUUUUGUUUGCGCACAUCUCGCACCGCACAGUCAUAACACAUAUCAACGUAAUCAAGAUUUUAAAAGUAUUUGUGAACGAUUGGUGUUUUCCAAUAUUAUGUAUUCAGAGAAUACCAAUAGAGAUUCCGCACAAGAGCAACAAGAAGAUUGUGAAAUAAUGAUGACGAGUAUGGAAGGAGAUUCGGCGCCGUUAUUACCGUCGCACAACAGUAAGCACCAGCAUUACUUUACUAUAUACGAUUCUGAUUUUCUUUUCUUCUUCGGAGACUUGAAUUAUAGAAUCGAGUUGAAAGAACAAGGAGGUUUCAAUAAUAAUAAUACUCUAACUAUUUCAAGUUUACUUGACAUUCUGCGAGCUCGCCAACAUCAACGAAUUAGGGCUUGCGAUCAAUUAGCAAAAGAAAUAAUUGAUGGUAGAGUGUUACAUGGAUUUGAAGAAGGUGAACUAAAUUUCAUGCCAACAUACAAAUAUUAUGUUGGGAGCGUAAAUGAAUUUGAUGUCAGACAACGAACUCCUGGUUGGUGUGAUAGGAUUUUUUAUUAUUGGCGAAAAAGAGAUGAAUUACAAGGAGAUCCUGGCGGUACUGCCGAGCGAUCUUCACCCAUAUUAUUAAUUAACUAUAUGUCACAUCCUUCUUACACGUUAUCGGAUCACAAACCCGUUUCUGCUUUAUUCGUCAUAACACCACAACAUAAACGGACGGACAUUAAGUCAGGUAUAUCCAAUUCACCAUUUAAGAUUGACGAGCAUAGAAACCUUAAAUUUGCAAUCGGUGAAGCAUCCAGUAUAAUAGUUGGUUGUUUAUGGUGGUUAUUUGGUACAGGACGAGGGGUGAGAACUACCCUGAUUAUUGGAUGUGUUGGAUUCCUUGUAUUAUGGAUAGUUAAAAAAUUAACAUAA